AUGAAUAGUCAUAAAAAUUUUGCAGUUGGAAUCUUACAGGAAAAUGAAGCAUGGGAGCUGUUCAAGAACAUUACAGGAGAUAUCGUUGAAAGUUCUGAAUUGCAGUCUACAGCAACUGAAGUUGUAAGGGAAUGUGCAGGUUUGCCAAUUGCCAUUGUAUCAGUUGCAGGAGCUUUGAAAAACAAAAGUCUGCCCUUGUGGAAGAACGCUCUUCGAGAACUGACAAGGCCCUCCUCAAGAAACUUCACUGGAAUGCAGGCAGUUGUAUAUUCAACUAUAGAGUUGAGUUACAAUCACCUGGAAAGUGAAGAACUUAAGUCAACUUUCUUGCUCUGUGCUGCUAUGGGUUCUCCUAUGAUUAUAGACUUGUUGAAAUAUGGUAUUGGCUUGGGUUUGUUCCAACAUACUGAUACAGUUGAGGAGGCACAAGAUAGAGUACACACUUUGCUGAGCAAUCUCGAAGCUUCUGGUUUGCUACUCGAAGCUUCAAACAGUAAAGAAUUCGCCAUACAUGAUGUUGUCCGUGAUGUUGCAGUAUCUGUGGCAGCUCGCGAUUGGCAUAUGUUUGCGGUAUUGAGAAAUGUGGUUAGACCAAAAGAUUGGCCUAAUGCAGAUUGCACUGGUAUCUCACUGUUUUAUAAUGAUAUCAGGGAGUUCCCAGAAGAGCUAGAGUGCCCAAGAUUGAAGUUCUUUUAUAUCGGCAAUAAGGAUCCUUCUUUGAGCAUCCCGGACAACUUUUUUGCAGAGACAAAGGAACUUAGAGUACUUGAUUUGACUGAAGUGAAUCUCUCGUCAAUACCUCCCUCAAUUCAUCAGCUAGCUAAUCUUCGAACCUUGUGUCUUGAUCACUGUGUAUUGGGAGACAUCAACAUAAUAGGAAAGUUGAAGAAACUCGAAAUUCUCAGCCUUGUAGAAUCUAAUGUGGAACAACUGCCAAUGGAUUUAGGACAAUUGACUCGGUUGCAGUUGUUAGAUUUGAGUAACUGCUCCAAGCUGAGACUAAUUCCAGCAGGUAUCAUGUCGAACCUGUCACGACUAGAGCAGCUUUACAUGGGCAACAGCUUUAACAGAUGGGAUACUGAAGACCUUGACAACCAGGCAAGUAAUAUUAGCCUUUCAGAGUUAAGGCAUUUGCCUCAACUUACAGUUCUAGAGAUACAUAUUCCAGACGCACAAGUUACGCUCAAAGAUUUAUUCUCCGAGGAGUUGGACCGAUUUACAUAUUUAUAA